CCGUCCCGGGCCGCGAUGGCUCAGCGCCGCGAGGGCCUGGACGAGCUGCCCGCCAGCUGCCUGUCGCCCUGCGGGCCGCCCAACCCGGCCGAGCUGUACAGCGAGGCGCGGCGCCUGGCGCUCGAGGAGCUGCUGGCGGGCGGCCCCGACGCCUUCGAGGCCUUCCUGCGGCGCGAGCGCCUCGGCCGCUUCCUGAGCCGCGAGGAGGUGCGCGCGGUCCUGCGGGCGGCCGAGGGGCCGGGCCGGGGCGGCGCGGCGGCGGGGCCCGAGGACUCCUUCGGCUCGUCGCUCGACUGCUCGUCCGGCACCUACUUCCCGGAGCAGUCGGACCUGGAGCCGCCGCCGCUGGAGCUCGGCUGGCCCGCCUUCUACCGGGGCGCCUACCGCGGCGCCACGCGCGUCGAGGCGCACUUCCAGCCCCGCGGCGCGGGCUCGGGCGGCCCCCACGGCUGCAAGGACGCGCUGCGCCAGCAGCUCCGCGCCGCGCGGGAGGUGAUUGCGGUGGUGAUGGAUGUUUUCACGGACAUUGACAUCUUCAAGGACCUGCAGGAAAUAAGUCGGAAACAGGGAGUCGCUGUCUACAUCCUUCUGGACCAGGCUCUGCUCUCGCAGUUUUUGGAUAUGUGCAUGGAUCUGAAAGUGCAUCCUGAGCAGGAGAAGCUGAUGACUGUUCGGACCAUUACUGGAAAUACAUACUAUGCGAGGUCAGGAACUAAGAUAGUUGGGCAGGUUCAUGAAAAGUUCACGCUGAUUGAUGGCAUUCGAGUGGCUACGGGCUCCUAUAGUUUUACAUGGACAGAUGGCAAAUUAAAUAGCAGUAACUUGGUCAUCCUGUCUGGCCAAGUGGUUGAACACUUUGAUCUGGAGUUCCGAAUCCUGUACGCAGAGUCGAAGCCCAUCAGCUCCAAGCUGCUCUCUGACUUCCAGAUCAGUGGCAGGUUCGACCAUCUAGUCGACCGGAAGCCCCUGGCUAAGGAGCUCACGUUGGGCGGCCUGCUGCGCCUGCGGCUGGCCCGGCUCUCAAGCACCCCCAAGAAGGCCGAGCUGGGGUAUGAGGCGCCUGCUGAAGGCAAGGCAGAGGCCAGGCGCCACGAUUCCGAGUCCUCUACUGUCAGUGACGAGGACCUCAAUGGCCUCAGGGACAAACCAGAGGGCAGGAGGAUGACCGAGGCCGCCACUCAGACGGAGCCAGGAGAGGAGGCACCAGCAGUGAGCAGGAGUGAUGUGGCGACCCAGGCCAGCAUGGCCACGGCGUGUGCGGGGACCCAGACCAUGGUCACCACCAGGGCCGCGACCUCCCAAACCGUGGUUCGGUCCACGUCAGCCACCACCCAGACUGACGUGGACGAGAAUGUUCUCUUUUCUCAGGGCACCCAGUCUAAAGAAGGAUCACCAGUAUCCAGGAUGUCUGUGUCCAGAUCUUCCAGCCUGAGGUCUUCCUCCUCUGUGUCUUCCCAGGGCUCAGUGGCCAGCUCACUGGGCUCCCAAGCAUCCAGCAGAGCUGCUGACCUUGUCCCCUCUGGACAUGCCAAGUUCUGGGGCACCCCUCACUUGGAUCUGUGCUUACGAGACUCCUUUAGGAACUUGAAUCAAGAGCGCCAGUUUCACUUUGCUGGCAUCAGGUCCCGGCUCAACAACAUGCUGUCCAUGCUCUCCAGGAGAACCUUCCUGACUGAGAACUACCUUGGUUUUCAUUCCGGAAAUGUUACCAGAGCGUCGGUGAAUCUGCUGGCUGUGAGAGAUAUCGCGUUGUAUCCCACCUACCAGUGAAAGCUCAGCGUUCAGCCCUCUGGGUCCUCCAGGCACCCACCUUGACAGCUUGUUCCCUCGACCUUUGGUCACUCCGAUGUUCUCUGAGUUCUAUAAACUGCACAUUAUUUUACAUGUUUUUAUCCUAUUUUUGUCACGUAUAAACCAGGUGUUGGUUUUAUGGUUGAAACACUAUGGGUUUUCAGUUUCUUUGCACUAUGAUAUUGAUAACUCUUAAAGGGAGUGUUUAGGGUUCUCAGGUUAAUUCAGGUAAGAGAGAAGAUAUGUUUUGUUUUGUUUUUUCUAGAUUUGUGUGCUCUUCUGUUUUAGAGAUUUGAACACCAAUUUUUGUGAUCAAAAUCCUGCUUAGAAGACACCAUAUUGUCUGUCUUUUCUUUAAGAUAUCUAUGUUCUUAGCAUUAAAUAAAUAUAAACAACCUUUGUGUGGUGA